AUGCCAUUAAAAGUUGGUCUGGGGAUAAGAAACAGUUCCCUUUCCCUAUUGUUGUUUAAUUUUGUUGGAGAACUGCUUAAUCUGCUGCUCCGUAAGGCAGUAUCUUCGGGUCUGUUUUGUGGCCUGAUUGUUGGUUGCGAUGAGGCUUCUGUUAAUCUAUCUCAUUUGCAAUUCGCAUAUGAUCUGAUUAUUUUCUGCAGUGCAUCAAAGACACAGGUAAUUAAUGUUAAGAGGAUCCUACACGUUUUCGAAGUUAUGUCAGGCCUGAAAUUGAAUCUGUCUAAGAGAAAAUUAUUUGGGAUAAAUAUUGAUGAGGAAGAGGUUCUUCAGUGGGCUAAUGCGGUUGGAUGUUCAGCAGGACAUUUUCUUGCGGAAUAUUUGGGGUUGCCUCUUGGUGCUAAGAGGAGUUCGCUAUUGUUGUGGGAUCCGGUUGUUCAAAAUUUUUAUAAGAGGUUAGUAGGUUGGAAGGCUAAGACUUUGUCAAUGGCAGGGAGGUUGAUUUUAAUGAAGGCAGUUUUGAGCUCCUUGCCUACAUAUUUCAUGUCUUUGUUUAAGAUACCGUCUUCGGUGAUUGCAAAGCUUAAUUACAUCAUGGCCAUAUUUCUAUGGGGAGGAGGGGUGGAGAGCUCUCCUAGGGAAAUGGACGUGGAGAUUUGCAAACAAUAUGGAGUCAGUGUGGAAGAAGGCUGGUCUUGGCAUGUUCAAUUGAGAAGGAAUUUAAGUGAUUGGAAACUGGAUCAAUUCUCUGAUUUAAUGGCUUUAAUUCAUAAUAUCACUCUUUCACUUGAAUGUUCUGAUGGGUUAGUCUGGAGAGGGAAUGGGGAAGGAGUAUAUACUGUCAACUCGAGUGUAAAGUCAUGUUGUCCUGCAAGUACAACAGAUUCUUUUUGGAUGAAGUACGUUUGGAGGGGUUUGGUGCCUCCGAAAGUGGAGGCAGAUGAGUCCUCAACACAUUUAUUUUUUACUUGUGUUGUGGUGUGGUCUUUAUGGAAUAAAUUUUUGAAUUUCUGGGGAGUUUGUUCUUUUCAAGCCAAUGCUCAAGAUUUUUUGUUUGCUUGGGAGGAUUUGAUACCUAAUUCUAAAAUUUGGUCCUUCAUUCCGGGUGUGGUUCUAUGGUCAAUUUGGAAGUGGAGGAAUGCCAUUGUGUUCGAUGGGGGGAGUUUAGAUCAGAAUGAUCUAUUUUUUAUGGCAAGAAGUAGGUUGGCGUCUUGGUUCUUAGCUAACUUCAAGGAUGUAUAUAUUCCUAAGGACUCUCUCAUUAGUGAUCUAUCACUUGGGGAUAGUUGCUCUUAUUCAAGCUCUCCUAUUAUCAAAAUUGUGCCCUGGUCACAUCCUCCAAAGGGCUUUAUAAAGUUGAAUGUGGAUGCGACAGUGACUGCAGACUGGAGGAAAAGUGGUGUUGGAGGCAUUCUUAGAGUUGAGGAUGGCUCGGUGGUUGGUUCUUUCAAAGAGGCUGCUGGUCCAGGUCCUCCUAUCUUGAUAGAGCUUAUGGCAAUUAAGAAGGGCUUAUCCUAUUUUACUUCGAUUCAACAACGUUUUAAGGAACGUUUAAUCGUUGAAUCUGACAGUAAAUUAGCAGUGGAUUGGGUCAAGAAUAAAGAACGAUGUCCCUUGGUCUACAUUGAUUUAGUGAAUGAUAUUGGUGAUAAGUUUAGAGGUUUGAAUGGUAUUAUUAGAUGGGUUGCUAGGUCAGCCAAUGUUGAGGCUGAUACUCUAGCAAAGGAUGGUAUUGGAUAG